CGGAGGAUGUGGCGGCUGCUGCUGGCGCUGGCCUGGCUCGGUGCGGCCCUUCCCGCAGGAGCGGCGGAGCGGAGCGGCCCCGAGCCGGUGCGGUACCGCACGGCCGAGAUGGCGGACGCGAUGGUGGGCAGCGAGGCCCUGGGCGAGCAGCCCGUGCUGCUGUCGGCGGUGCCGGCCGAGGCGAGCGGCGGCCCGGCCGGGGCUUGCGAUGGCGAUGCGUGCCCGGCCCGGGAGCAGCCCGUGCUGGAGCCCGUGCUGCCCGCGGCCGCCGAGGAGCAGAACGGCACCGACAGCGCCAAGGCACCCAAGGUGAACUGCGAGGAGAGGAACACGACGGGCAUCGAGCGCUUCACGCUGCAGAUCCUCAACGUGUCCCAGGACCUGAUGGAGUUCCUGAACCCAAACAGCAGUGACUGUACAUUGGUCCUGUUCUACACGCCGUGGUGCCGCUUUUCUGCCAGCCUGGCACCUCAUUUUAACUCUUUGCCCCGAGCAUUUCCUACUCUUCGCUUCCUGGCACUGGAUGCAUCCCAGCACAGCAGUUUAUCAACUAGAUUUGGAACUGUGGCUGUACCAAAUAUCCUUCUUUUCCAAGGUGCUAAACCUAUGGCUAGAUUUAAUCAUACAGACAGAACUCUGGAAACCCUGAAAGACUUCAUCUUUAACCAGACAGGGAUAGAAGCUAGAAGUGAUGUGGCUGUGACAGAGGAAGACUGGGAAGGGCCCCUGCCCAGUGUUCUGACCAAGGGCAUAGACUGGCUGCUGCUGUUCUCUGUGCUCUUCCUGGCUGCCUUUGUCAUGUACGCCACCGUCCGCACCGACAGCAUCCGCUGGCUCAUCCCGGGACAGGAGCACGAACACCAGGAAUAACCCCAGGUGUUCAAACAGGGACAGGAUUUUGCACUUAUUGGUAAAGGGGGAAUUUUUAUGGACUAGAAGUACCUAAGAAUGAACUGUUGAAUUUGUUGGUUGUAAUUUAUAAUAAUGACUAAAAAUUGGCUUUAUUUAUGAGCUGCCGAAUCUGUGACAAGCCCAUUUGUGGCGAUUCCAGUGGUAAGUGAACAAGUAUGAAAAAACAUGAACUAAAGUAUUUAUUAAGCUGCUCUGAUUGACCUCUUUUUAAGGAACUUUAAUGUAAUUAAUGUGACAGUUCUAAUUUGUAGAUCAAGGAAGAUUUUUACAUCACAUUGGUCUGUGCAUGGCACUGCAAGGCAAACACUGGUGAAGGGAGGUGUUGGUACAUUACUUUGACUGUCCAUAAAAUGAACUAUGAAGAUGUUUUAAAUGAUUUUUCACUCCUAUGGAGGUGACUGUUCCCACCUCUGGCACUGGGGUUCAGUGCUGGUUUUCUCAUCUGAGUUUUGACUUAGUAACAGUUCUUUAUGAGAUUUAGAGUCACUUCCCAAGCUCACCUCACUGUUUCUCUUUGUGUAUACAACUUAUUUACCACAUUCCUGUUGGAUGAAAUUGUAUUAAUUGUCCUUUAAAAAAAUAAAUCAGGUUUUUAGUGUAACCUUUUAAGUCCCUUUCUUUCAGAAGUAAAAACAUGCAGUUUCUGAACUACAGCUCACCUGCUGAAAUUAGCAAGACCAGUCUUGAUGUUUAUUUAAAUUUCUAGUACCAUGUUUGCUAGUUUCACACUCUCCGCUUGAGGUUACAUAAAGACUUUAUGGGUUAUUUUAGUUAUGAUUAGUAUGGAGGGCUUUGGAUAAGGUAUGGACUGGUAUGUUGUGUGGAUUAUGUGAUUGCAUAAAAUAUAUCAUAGUGGAGGCUUGCCAGAGUAUCCUAAUGGGGUGGUUUAGAGAGCAAAUUCAACUAACAUAAAACAAA